AUGAAUGAUACAAUUACACUUUUUUGCCGACUCUGUGCUGAAUUACAAACAGAAACACAAUUAAUAAAUAUAAAUGAUGAGAAAUCAACAAAUCUAAAUUUAGUAUACAAAAUAUUUCAUUGUUUUUUAGUGAAAAUAACAGACGACGAUAAUUUACCAAAAAAUAUUUGUGUAAUAUGUUGUGAUAAAGUAAUUGGUGCAUAUGAGUUUUAUGAACAAGUACAAAAUGCACAAGAAAUCCUUAAAAAUAAAAUAGUCGAAGUGAAAAAUGAGAUAUUUGAUACACCGGAUGAUGAUAUUAAAAGCGACCAUAGUUUUAUAGAUAAUUCAUCGAAUUUUGAAAUUAAAUUAGAAGAAUUGGAUGAUGAAAAAUCUUUAUUGGAAAGAAAGCGAGGUCGACCCAAGGGAUCAAAAACACAAAAACGUAGAAAAUUGAAAAUUGAGAAACCUGAAAGACAAAAAUUAAUUAAAGAAUGGAAAAAUUUUAAGUGGAAAUGUAUAGAUUGCAACGAAGAAUUAAGUUGUGUAAAAGAUUUACGCCAUCAUUAUUCUGAAAUACACAGCAAACCCACACAAUAUGCAUGUUUUGAAUGUCCACAAGUGUAUGAUAGUUACGAUCGUUUCAAAUCUCAUUUACGCGUGCAUCGAAAAAAAUAUAAGUGUGAUUUAUGUGGUAAACAUUGUUUUCAUAGAGCACAUUUAGAACAUCAUUUAUUAACACAUUCCAAUUCAACACCGUAUAGAUGUUCUCAUUGCGAUAAAUCAUUUAAAACAUCAAAGUCACUUUUAAGUCAUCAAAAAUCUCAUUUACCAAACGAAAUAAAAUUUAAAUAUGAGUGUGAACUUUGUCAAAAAAAAUUUACUACGAAACGAAUUUUAUUAUUUCACAAAAAAAAUCAUUCAUCCGGUACACAAAAUUAUAUUUGCGACCAAUGUGGCCGUCAUUUUCGACAAAAAACAAAUUUAAAUCAGCAUAUUGCAACACACUUAGAAGUAUCGCCAUAUCAUUGUGAACAAUGUCCAAAAGUAUUUAAAAAUAUAUAUCGUCUAAGAAAACACCAAAAAAGUCAUACAGAGGGUAAAACACAUACGUGCGAGGUGUGUCGAAGAGCUUUUAGAGAAAAGCGAGCUUUAGUACGACAUGCAAAAAUACAUACAGGAGAAUUACCAUUUGAAUGUGAAUAUUGUAAAAAAUGUUUUCGUUUAAAAUCAUUUUUGAAGAUUCAUUUGAGACAACAUACAGGAGAACGACCGUAUUCAUGUUUAGAAUGUAAUCAUCAUUUUGCGAAUUCUUCGAAUUUUAUUAAGCAUAUGAAAGGCCGGCAUGGUAUGAAUCAUUUUUCGGUGGCACAACAACAUCAAUUUCCACCAGUAAGUUAAUAAAGUGUACACUUUAAAAAAUAUUUUAAACUUAAA